AUGUUAAAUACAAAUUAAGUUUAUUAUAAAUUACUUUUCCUUAACUUGCUAAUCAUUUUAGGGAAUUGUUGUCAGAAAUCCAAAUUGAAAUCAAUUAUAAGAGGCAAUUAUUAGAAUGUUCUAUCAUAAUCAAAAGGUCCCCUUUUAAUAACAAGAUCGAGUAAUUCAUUAGAAGGCGGUCAGAAAAAUGGACUCUUAUUUCGAGAUUAAAUAUAUAUGGUAACCACAAGCACUGGAUUUACCUACUGUUAUAUUGAUAAAUCUAUCAUAAUAACCUUAAUCUAAGUUUAUGAAUUGAAUACUUUUACGUUUUGGCUAUGGGAUAGAGGUGCCCGACAAUAUAAUCUGAUUGUCUAUACAUCAUUCAAAGAUUAAGAGAAAGUCAUUUUUGAUUCAACUGUUGCUACAGGAAUAAUCAAAAUAAAAUUUUCAAAUUAACAUAUUUAAAGCUUUCGAAUCUAUAAUAGAAAUGGAAAUGAGAUAACUGAUCGUAUAAAUUUGAUCAAAUUAGAAGCAUAUUUUAGAUUAUGA